GUAUUGUGGUCAUGUAUGAUCAAGAGAUAGCCCCCUCUCACAUCCGUGGCAAAAUAGGCACAGCGUGGCAGUUCAGCAUAGUCAUUGGUAAGCUGGCGGGUGCUGUGACCAUCAUCUUCACCAGACAGUGUGCCGACGGCUGGAGACUGUCGUACGGAGGAGUCAUCCCCUUUGCACUCGCCAUGUUUGCGGCCUUCUUCUAUCUACCUGGUAGGUAUCUCUGUCUUUCUACCUACUUGGUCGCUGAAUAUCUAUCUACCUGGUAG